AUGUGUGCUGUAUUUGCUGCAGAGAGAGCAGGGAAAGACUACGUUAUUUUUACAUUUGAUAGAAGUAAUCUUAUUUGUCGAAUCCACAGAGAAGACCUAUUUAACGAUUGUAGCUUUAAAAACUGUUCCAGCUGUAGAUCAUACAUGUACAAACCGGACACGUUCCAAAUCAGUACCACUUCUGUGCUCCAAAUCAGCACCUCUGUAACAACUGUGACAUGCACCGGUCAGCAUGGCGUUAUGUAUCCACACCCUGAUGACUGUACAAAGUAUAUAGAAUGUGUACAUAGCCUGGUCUAUACACGUGACUGUCCCGGAGGUCUUCACUUCAAUGACAACCUCAAUGUUUGUGAUUAUCCAGCUGCUGCAGGCUGUCAGUAA